AUGAUGUCCGAAAACUUCGACCCGGACGCCGCGGGACGGUCUCCGCCACUCGAAAACGUGAUUCCCAAAUAUGGCCCCUCGUACGAGCCCGAUCCACCUUUUGUGACGGAUCUGCCCCAAUCGGGGAGCAAAUUCCAUGUCGAAGAUUCUCAGGGAACGCUCGACCGUUCCCGUAAGCUGCACCAGCCUGAAACACUCAUCCAAACCCACCACGGCGACGCGGAGCUGAUGAGGCAUCUAGGGCCAAACAACCCCGAAGUUGCAGCUCUAGCUUCUAACCCAGCAUUUGUCCCUACGAGCUGGUCAUUAUCAAAGCGGGAGGCCGCGAGCUUUUCGGUGACGGAAUUGGGGCUCGGAGCGGGAGACCAGUUGGAAAGGAAAUGGUUUCACGACGAGCAGACGUGCCCAGGGGAAAGAGUCAAAGCGACUGAUCAUAGGCAUCGGGGGAAUCAGAAGGUUCAACGGACACCGGAUUUCUCCAAUUUGAUGCACGAGGUCCCGCAACUACUCUUUCCCCGGGACUUGGACCGGCAGACAUCGUCCUCAUCGUCCUCAUCACCGUCCUCCUCCUCAUCACCACCACCACCACCACCACCACACGCGAGCUCCUCACCCACCGCGCUGCCGCAAAUACUGCCGCAAGUGGACGUCAAGCCGGACAUGGUAUCGCCCCGACAGCGUCCCCGUCUGCAGUCCAUCACCAACUUCCCGCCUAUGCACAACACGUCCUAUCGAUCAAAAGGAUCCCCCGGGCUGGGCCCUCCGGUAUCACUGCCAGGGAUUCAAUCGCUCUCCCCACCGUCCUCCACUGCAGGCGCCUCUCCAGACUCCGCCACGUGCAAUGCUCGGGGCAAUAUGCUACCCUCCAUUCAAUCGGCGCUCGGGAAUCUGUCACCCGGCGAGUUCUCUUCCACUCGACUGAAAAUCCCCUACUCGUCCUGUCCCAAUUCCGCAAUAUCGGCCGACUCACCCCAUGACCGAUCCCUCUCACGACAUUUUCUAUCCUCGUCAAAUGCACCUAGUCCUUAUUCACAUCUCUCCCCGAUCAGCAUCAAAGACGCCUCCAAUCACCCUUCUCCCGCCUCGCAGCCCACCUCUGCUCUGUGGCGUAGUCUUCCCCCACCCUCAGGUCCGCCAUUUCCCGCGCCGUCGGCUGCUGACACGCCAAACAACCCCAUGACCCCGUUUGACACCUCUCCCAUGACGGCCAAGAGCCCAUUGACCGGCUACCCUACCCCGACGGAGCCGAUUGCCAAUACGCCUGGUGCUCUUGAGCAAGCGUCUAUACCUUCGGCCGCAACGCAGGCCGGGGCCGGGGCCGGGGCCCCCGGGGGUUACAAAUGCACGCACCCCGGCUGCACCGCGGCACCCUUUCAAACCCAAUAUCUCCUCAAGUAA